UUUUCAGAGAAAAUUCCAGUUGCACGUUUUCGGGCGUCGCGACGCGACUCUGAUAUAAAGUGUUGUUAAGAAGAAGACGUUUUUAUCGGGUUGGCGGCAGAGUGGGCGGUUUGUGGAUACGGACUGCGAUAUUCUCCAUCUGGAUUGAACGUGGGCGUCAUGUGUGAAAAAACGGCCUGACCUCGACCUACUAUGUGGCUGAAGAUGCUGCUCAUCCUCUCUUUUCUCUCCUUCCAGAAAGCGUCGGCCAAGCCCCGGUGCGGCGGCAUCUACACCGACGCGAGGGGCGUAAUACAGACGCCAGGAUUUCCCGGACGUUUUACGACGCCUAUCGACUGCGAAUGGGUUAUAGACGCCCAACACAUGCUGCCGAAAAAUACGACGAUUAUUGUCUAUCUAACGCAGUUGUUUGUUUUCGAAGGGCUCAAGUUUACCGAAUACCAAGUCUACGACGACGGCUUCCAAUUCAACGGUCGAGACCUGCUGGUGGUGAACGAGACGAACGUGGUGACCGAGAGAAUGGUCCAGACAAAUCAGAGCUACCUGGUCAUCAGCCUCAAACUGACCACCAUGGACGGCACGCACUUGAGGGUGCUCGAUCAUUUUCUGGACGUGUACGGUUUUAACGUCACCUACGAGAUGACUGAGGGGACUGCCAGGGUGGACCGGUGCAAUAUGAUGGAUUGCGGCUUCAACGGCGACUGCUACGAUGAUUACACAUUUAGCAAUGUCAUAACUGGAUGCGAACAGAAUCCACCUGAUUAA